CGAAGCCGGGCACAGAGCCCAGGGGUGCGGGCUCCCAGCCCCUCGUUGCCCGCCUAGCCCCCCUCGGUGUCCUAGAGCUGGGCGCCAAGUCCCCAGGGCCCAGCCCCCCGCUCCUCCCGCCCGGCCCUCGGGCACUCCCAGAACCAGCGAACCCGGGCGUCCAGGCUCUCGGCCCGCGGCACGCCCUGCCCUCGGGCGCUGGGCUGGGACCCAGGCGUCCGGCUUCCUGUGUGCCGUCUCCGGAGCCGCCGGGCCGAGCUCCCUGUCCCAGCAGGAAGCAGCAACAGCCAGGCAUGGUCCGCGACUGCCCCCGCCGCUGCCUCAGCGCCGGCCGGACCGCUGGCAGCAUGGCCCUGCGCAACCUGUCGCAGCCGACGUACGAGCCACCCCCCGCACCCCUGGCCGGCAGUAUGCCCGGGCUGGACAGCAUGGCACGUGGCUUCCUGGGGCUGGUACAGCCCAACGCCUUCCCGGCUGAGCUCCUGUCCCGGCUGAUCCAGGAGCCGACCCACAUCACGGAGCCCACCACGUACAAGCAGGUGCUGUCGUACGAGAUGGGCUUCCUGGUGUGCGCGGCCAUCGGCCUCCUCUUCAUCCUCCUCAUGCCCCUGGGCGGUCUCUGCUUCUGCUGCUGCCGGUGCUGCGGGCACUGCGGGGGCCGCAAGUACCAGAAGCAGGACGAGCUCACGGGCUGCCGGCGCCGCGCGCUUUGCACCACGCUGCUGCUGCUCUCCGGCCUGCUCCUGGCCUGGAACGUCUGCGCCUUCGUCACCAACACGCGCAUCUCCCGGGCCGUGGGCAGCAGCUUCGGCACCUUCAACAGCUCCGUGGGCAACCUGAGCACCUACCUGGACGACAUCCCCCAGCAGGUGGAUUUCGUGGUGAACAGCAGCCAUGUGCCGCUGGGCCAGGCCAACGACAGCCUGCGUGACAUCAGCUCCGUGCUGGGCAGCGCGAUCGUGUCCAGCGUUGGCCGCGAGCUGCAGGGAGCCCUGGACGGCGCCGCGCGCCUGCUGGAAGACCUGGACGUCCUGCGCACGGAUCUGCAGGGAGUGAUCAACUCAAGCCAGCGGCUGCAGGACGGGCUGGAUGGCGUCGGCCGCAACCUCAGCACCCUGUGCUCCCGCAUCGAGCACAGCCUGGAGAGCUGCGGGCAGCCCUGCGAGCCCCGGCCCCAAUGCCCCCGUGCCCCUGCCAGCCCAACUCCAGCUCUCUGUAUGUGGGAGCUGCCUGGGGGGGGUCCCGUUUUUCUCCUGCCCCCGGCGCAGGCGGGUGGCUUGGGGGGGCCGGGGUUGGGCUUGGAGCCUCUGUCGCAGCUGCUCCCACCCCCACUUUUGCCUUCAAUCCGCGCAGCUUUUGCCGAGACGAACUUGACGCUGGCGCCGGUCGUGCUGCUGAGCACCAAGCAGACUGACCUGCUCCGCGCCCUCGGCAAUACCACCCGCCUCACCAACCUGACCGCCGACCGCCAAAAGCUGAGCACCAUCCCGAGCCAGCAGCAGCUGCUGGGGCUGGCGGACGAGCUGGACAGGCUGGCGGACGUCAUAGGCACCAGGGCGCCAAACAGGAGCAAGGAGCUGCGGGACGAGGCUGAAGAGCUGCGACAGCUGGACAAGGAGAUGGAGACAAGGCUGCGCAGCAAUGUGCGCAUCCUGAACGAGAGCCUCCAGCGCCUGCAGAAGACAAUGCACCAGGUCCUGAUGCUGGUGGACUCUGUGCUGGAGCAGAUGAAGCAGGCCGAGGCCUUCCUGGGCACGCGUGUGGCCGCCACCAUCCAGAAUGAGAGCCAGCUCUUCCUGCAUCGGCUGCUCGGCUUCUUCGAGACCUACGUGGCCUGGGCCAAGGGCACCCUGACGGGCGAGCUGGGGCGCUGCCGCCCCGUGGCCCAAGCGCUGGACGGCGUCGAGACCAUCGCCUGCCGCUACGUGCUGGACUCUCUGAACGCCUUCUGGUUCAGCCUGGGCGCCUGCACCGUGCUGCUGCUGCCUGGCCUCAUCCUGGCCACGCGGCUCGCCAAGUUCUACCGCCGCAUGGACUACGCCGACGUCCCCGAGAACAACGCCCUGGAGAUGUUCGCGCCGCCCCCCGCCUUCAAGAUCCCACGGGUGGAGACGAGGCCCUGAUGUCCCGGCCCCGAGUGCAGCUGCCCAGGCUGGGCCACGGGGGUUGCUUUGCCCCAGCGCCGGCACAGCCGCGCGCAAUAAAGCAGUGCGUAUGUGAAGAGCCGAGCUGCCUGUCUGU